AUGAAGAUGGAGAAAGUAGUGGUGUCAGUGAUUGAGACCAUUGGAGCUUCACUGGCUGGGGAAUGGCACAGCAAGAUGUAUGCUUUGAAGAAGAGUGGAAUCUUGGGAACCCUGUGGGAGACCCUGGAAGAGAGGGGUCCUCCUUCAAAGGAAGUCAUAUCGGCCAUCCUCACACUUUCCAUUCAGACACAGAAAGGGGACAAGGCACAGGUGAGAAUCCCAGAGGCACUGAUCUUCCUUCUGCGUCAUCUGCCUGUGAUCAAGGUUGAGGAUGACCAGACAUACCUGGCCCGAAGUGUCCAUCGACUCACAUCCACAAAUCCCCACAGGCAAAUACACAUCAUUCAUCUGAAAUGCAUAUAUCCCAGCUGUGUGGAUUUUAACAGCAUUGGUCUGUGCACGAUAGCAGGACCCCUGUUGCAGUUAUGGGUCACCCGAGAUGGGAUCCUGGGCAUAGUGGUUUAUCAAAAGAAGGAGCUUCACUUUGCACACCUCUCUGACUUCCCAUUGAAUGAUGGACGGUGGCACUGUCUUGCCAUCUCUCAUGCCUUGCCUCGCCGCCCCUUUGGCCACAGUCAGCUUGCUGUUUUCAUUGAUGGGACACUCCGCCUGGAAUGCCAGCUGAAAGCUCCAGCCCUUGCUGGCGAGUCCCUGCUGGAAGUGACAUUUGGCUGUGGUCCUUCAUACACGAUCCCUGAGUCAGAGACAGGGAUACCAUCUCAGAGGCAAAAGGGAUUAGGCCAUUCCCUGAUUGGAGGCCUCAUUUCUGCUGGGACUACCUAUCUAUCCCUACCUAUCAGCCUCACCUCAGGACGCAACCCUAACCUAAAUCAGCCUGACCCUCAU